AAUUAGUAGUUUUUGGAGAGACUUAUUCCUAUGUUUUCUUUAUGGUCUUUUUCUUACAAGUUGCAAUAAGCUGCACAAGAAAAACAUAAUGAGUUGUUAGUAAACAAUGACUGCCAAUAAUGGUUCAACUCUUUGAAACAAUUAAUUACUUGGAAUCUUCUUGUAAACUAGUUUGAGUCUUGCUUUUUCUUCUAAAUUAAUCUUCAUCUGAACUCAAAAAUGGUUUUUGCAUCACCAAAAGAAAUGCAUCUUAAUUUCCCCUAUUAUUUGUUACUCUUGAACUUGAUGAUUCCAUAUGCAUCCUCUUUGACAUUUAACUUCACUAGUUUUGAUCCUAAUGAAAAAACCAUAGUAUAUGAAGGAUCAGCAUAUUCUGCAUCAUCAGCUAUCCAACUUAUAACAAACCAACAAGGUAAGCUCAUGAAUGGAAGCAUUGGUAGAGCCACAUAUUACCAACCUAUCCACUUAUGGGACAAAACCACAAGAAAUCUCACAGAUUUCACAUCUCAUUUCACUUUUGUCAUUGAUUCACAGAAAAAACAAAUUUAUGGAGAUGGUCUUGCAUUCUUCCUUGUUCCUUCAGGUUCAAAAAUGCCUAAUGCAACAAAAGGAGGUUCUAUGGGUCUAACACUUGAUAACCAACCAUUGAACUCAACUGAUAAUCCAUUUGUUGCUGUGGAAUUUGAUAUCUUUAAGAAUUAUUGGGAUCCACCUCAUGAACAUGCUGGAAUCAACAUCAACUCUGUCAUAUCAGUUGCUAAUGUGACAUGGUUGGCUGAUAUCAAAGAUGGUCAACUCAAUGAGGCUUGGAUUAGUUACAAUGCUAGUUCAUUAAAUCUAAGUCUUGUUUUCACUGGUUUUGAUAAUGUAACAUCCAAUAUUGUGAAUCAACAUCUAUCUUCUAUAGUUGAUCUUAGACUUUAUCUUCCAGAAUUUGUUACUAUUGGUUUCUCAGCUGCAACAGGAGAUUUAACUGCUAUACAUAGUAUUUCUUCAUGGGAUUUUAGCUCAACGUUGGAAGCACAAGAAACCAACACAACAAGCAUAGGAGACCCAGUUCCAAGGUCUCCAUCUUCCAACAUAGCUCCUAAGAAGAAAAAGACCAAGACAGGACUAGCAGUGGGAUUGAGUGUUGGUGGAUUUGUUAUAAUUGGUUUUUUUAUUUCAAUUUGCUUGUGGAAGAAGUUUAAGAGAGGAAAAGAAGAAGAGGAAGAUGAUGAAUUUGAAGAGUAUAUGGGUGAGGACUUUGAAAGGGGAGCAGGACCCAAGAAGUAUACCUAUGCAGAAUUAGCACAUGCAGCUAAUAAUUUCAAAGAUGAGCAUAAGUUAGGACAAGGAGGAUUUGGAGGUGUUUAUAGAGGUUUUCUUAAAGACAAAAAAUCUUAUGUUGCUAUUAAGAGGGUGUCAGAAGAUUCACAACAAGGGAUAAAGGAGUUUGCAUCAGAAGUAACAAUCAUUAGUCGGUUAAGGCAUCGAAAUCUAGUGCAAUUAAUUGGCUGGUGUCAUGAAAGAAAAAAGCUCUUGCUUGUGUAUGAGUACAUGCAAAAUGGAAGUUUAGACAUUCAUCUUUUCAAGAAACAAAGUUUGUUGAAAUGGGGUGUUAGAUAUACAAUAGCUAGAGGCUUGGCUUCUGCAUUGCUGUAUUUGCAUGAAGAAUGGGAACAAUGUGUUGUACAUAGAGAUAUAAAAGCAAGUAACAUUAUGUUGGACUCAGAGUUUAAUGCAAAACUUGGUGAUUUUGGAUUGGCAAGGUUUGUGGACCAUGCAAAAAGUGCACAGACUACAGCAUUAGCAGGGACUAUGGGAUACAUGGCUCCUGAAUGUGCUACCACAGGAAGAGCUAGUAAAGAAACAGAUGUGUAUAGUUUUGGAAUUGUUGCUUUAGAGAUAGCUUGUGGAAGAAAACCAAUAAACCUUAAGGCUCAAGAAAGUGAAACACAUAUUGUGCAGUGGGUUUGGGGACUCUAUGGAAGAGGGAGAAUACUUGAAGCAGUGGAUCCAAGACUAGUUGGAGAUUUUGAUGAGGAACAAAUAAAAUGCAUGAUGAUUGUUGGUCUUUGGUGUACUCACCCAGAUCCUACUAAUAGGCCUUCAAUAAGGCAAGCAAUUCAAGUUCUUAAUUUUGAAGCUUCAAUGCCUAAUCUUCCAUUAAGUAUGCCUGUACCAACAUAUCUUGAGGGCCCUGAGGAAAGUCAAAACAAUACUAUGAUAAGCAUUAGUUCAAAUACAAACUCAUCUGGGUUCACAACCUCAACUUCUGAAGAUGCUUCUCCCUCUAUUUCUCUUUUGUACAAAAGACACUUCCUUCCACCUAGCAUCAAAUUUGCAAUUAUGGCAGCAUCUUACUACUCUCAGAAAAGUCAUGGUGUUGUUUUUCAUGUAACAAUAGUAUCAGUCUUGCUUCUUGUAACAUCUCGUGCAGCUCCAUUAUCAUUCAACUAUGAACAAUUUAGUGGUGACAUGACAAACGCCUUCAAUUUUUCAGGAGAUGUCUAUCAAGAGAAACAAGUCCUCCAACUCACUAAGUAUGAGAAAGACAGUCUAGGUAGAGUCAUAUAUUCCAAACUGUUUCAUCUUUGGGACAUAAAUACAAGUCAAGUCACAGACUUCACUACUAGUUUCUCUUUUACUAUUAACACCCCUAACAAAACCCAUCGUGGAGAUGGCAUCACUUUCUUUCUAGCAUCCCCCAAUUUUCCACUACCUGCUCCAAGAGAUGGAAGUGGUAUUGGUCUCAUUAGCCGUGCUCAAAAGGAUAAUCCAAAUUUCUCAAAAGAAAAUCACUUUGUAGCUGUGGAAUUUGAUACUGUUGUUAAUGAUUGGGAUCCUACAUAUGACCAUGUGGGGAUUGAUGUUAAUGCUAUCAACACUUCUUACACUACACAAUGGUUCACUAGCUUGGAUGAAAGAGGGUAUGAUGCUGUUGUGAGUUACAAUUCUAGUUCAAACAAUUUAACUGUCACCUUCACUGGAUAUCAAGACAACAGCAUAGUCAAACAGAAUUUGUUUUCUGUUGUCAUUCUGAAAGAUUACCUACCUGAUUGGGUUGAAUUUGGAUUCACUUCAGCAACUGGGUUGUCUUUUGAGGAACAUACUCUUAGAUCAUGGUCCUUCAACUCAAGUUUAGAUUUUGAAGCACACAAGGAUGGAAGCAAAACAGGACUUGUUAUAGGGCUGAGUAUUGGUGGUGCUUGUGUUUUGAUUUUUGUUCUGGGGCUGGCUUGCUUGGUGAAAUGGAAGCUGAAGAAUAGAGACAUGAAGGAUGGUUUACAUUUUGAUCAUGAAAUGGAUAAUGAUUUUGAAAGAAGCUCUCUACCUAAGAAGUUUACCUUUGAAGAACUUGCUGGAGCAACUAACAACUUUGCAAAGGACCACAAAAUUGGAGAAGGAGGUUUUGGGGGAGUCUACAAGGGAUUUUUAAGAGACAUGAAAACUCGUGUUGCUAUUAAGAAGGUUUCUAAGGGAUCUAAUCAAGGGGUGAAGGAGUAUGCAUCUGAAGUCAAAGUCAUUAGUCAAUUGAGGCAUAAGAAUUUGGUUCAACUCUUUGGUUGGUGUCACAAGCAGAAUGAUCUGCUACUGGUUUAUGAGUUUGUGGAAAAUGGAAGUUUAGAUUCUUACCUGUUCAAAGGAAAAGGUUUGCUUACAUGGACAGUGAGAUAUAACAUUGUUAGAGGACUAGCUUCAGCAUUAUUAUACCUACAUGAAGAAUGUGAGCAAUGUGUGCUUCAUAGAGACAUAAAAUCCAGCAAUGUUAUGUUAGACUCAAAUUUUAAUACAAAGCUUGGAGAUUUUGGGUUGGCUAGACUAAUGAACCAUGAGAUAGGAUCAAAAACAACUGUUUUAGCUGGAACAUAUGGAUAUCUAUCUCCUGAAGCUGCUACUAGAGGUAAAGCUAGUAGAGAAUCUGAUGUAUAUAGUUUUGGUGUUGUUGCUUUGGAAAUAGCAUGUGGUAGAAAAGCAAUUGAACCAAAUCUUAGUGAAGAAAACAUCUACUUGGUGGAUUGGGUUUGGGAACUCUAUGGUAAAGGUGAACUCCUUAAAGCUUCUGAUUCAAGAUUAUAUGGAGAAUACAAUGAGAAGGAAGUAGAGAGGUUAAUGAUUGUUGGACUUUGGUGUACUCAUAUAGAUUACCUUCAAAGGCCUGUGAUUAGACAAGCUAUUCAAGUGCUUAGUUUUGAUGCUCCACUUCCCAUUCUCCCAUCAAAGAUGGAUACAUCUACCUAUAAUACAUCUUUCUAUUCUGUGUCUUCUAAGAUACCUGCUUUUGAAAAUAGCCAAACUGGAACAUCAACUUCUUCAAAUAAUAGCACUUUCACUGGGUCCUCACAAUCAAGCACAACCUUUGAAGUCAUUUCUCCAUCAGCAGCACUUUUAAAUACACAUUAGUUUGAUUUCAUGUUUUUAUCUGUUAUUUUUUUUUCUUUUCUUUUCUUUUGUAAGCAUUCUUUUCUUAUGGCAUUGAGAUUGUGUACCUAUAUUACAAUUUGUAUUUGGCUCUUUCAUAUUAGUUGUCUAAUGCAUUUUCUUCCUACAACUUCAAGUUUAAAACUCACCUAGUCAAUAUAUGUUAUUAUGUGUAAUGAAAGAUGCUUGAAGUGAAAUUAUA